GAAAAAGAAUGCAAAACGCAUGGUUCGACCAUGAAUAGGAACUUUCGCCGGGUUUGUGAGGAGGAAAGAGGAGGAGGACACUCUCCAGCUUGGGCCGUCCCGGUGGGCUUCCGCGGAACACGCGGCCUCCAAGCCACAAUUCCACGCAUUACGUCGCGCGCCGCCGACCGCGACUGACGUUCGGCACUGUUUCUCGAUUAUUCUCGAUCCUCCUUCGAUCAUCAACCGAAAAACGACUUUUCAAUCUCGAUUAACAAUGAAAUCAAAGGCAGGUACUUAAAAACAAAAAUUUUUAUUGUCAAUCUUUGCUUGAAUUGGUAAAAAUUUUAAAAAACAGUUUGAUAAAAUUAUAACAGUUGAUAAAAAAUUUAAAAACAGUUGAUAAAAUUAAAACCGUUGAUAUAAAUUAAAACCGUUGAUUAAGUUAUAACAGUUGAUUAAAUUAUAUCAGUUGCUAAAAUUAAAACGAUAAAAUUUCAACAGUUGCUAAAAUUAAAACCGAUAAAUUUUCAACAGUUGCUAAAAAUUAAAACCGAUAAAGUUUCAACUCUUGAUAAAAUUAAAACAACAAAAAUUUUAACAAUUAAUAAAAUGACAGCAAUUAAUAAAAUAAUUAAUACAAUCAAUUAAUAAAGUUCGCCACCUUUUCUCUACGUUUUCACCAAGUGAUAAGUUCUCCAAAUUGUUUAAAUUAAUUAAAAUAAUAAUGUAACCAAUAAAAGUUGUUCUCUUGAUGUGAUUUUAUAAUUUUAUAAUUGAAAAAUAAAACCUUCUCAUUUUUGAUAUGAGAUAAUGUAAAAUCCGUGACAAUAAAUCGUUUGAAGAAAAAGUGCGCGAAAAUUGUAAAUUCAGAUGACACUGAAAACAAUCGGAAUUCGUGGUAUUUUAACCCGAAAAGUGGAUAAAAAUAAAAAACGAAAUGUGACAAGAAGGGAUUUUUUAAGUGCUAAAUAAGUGAAUUUUUUUUAAGAAUUUUUCCCUCUGAAAAAAUGAAGAACCGACCUCGUGGUCCAAAUAUGAGGAACCCAGGAAAAAUGGGUGGUUAGAAAAAAAAUAAGUGAUUGUGACCAAAGUGUUUCCAAUUUAAAAAAAAAUAAUUUUUAAAGUGAAACAAGUGCUAAGGAUUUAAAUAAAUUUUGUAUUCAGGAAGACGUUCGAUUUUUGUUUUGCGACAAAAAAAAAUUUGCAAAUUUGCAACGACGUCACGAAAUUUGGUGGAAUCGGAGGGGCGGCAUUUGGCCGAUGGGAUGCAUCUCCCAGUGGGAUCAGUGAGCUGUGGGGAGAAUUUUGGUUCCGUUGGUUCCCACGAGUGUGCCGGGCCAAUUGGAUCGUCAUUGGUGCCUCUUCAGGGGUUGAACUCGAGGUACCAAGAAGAAGGCGGUGGCGGCGGGGGUGGAGGCGGAGGUGGCGAAAUGAGCGAAGGUGCCGCCGUCGGCGAACUCUGGUGGACCGAGAGACUCGUCGGCGAGGCCCAGGCCGAACAUCUUGGCGAACUUGUUCGAACAGGUUCUCCGUAUUUUUUGUGUACCCAACUUCCGACUCAUUGGAGAUCGAAUAAAACACUUCCGGGCGCCUUUAAAGUCGUUGCACUUGGAGAAGUGACCGAUGGCACUUCGGUGACAAUUCGAGCGGGCAAUGACGAAAAUUGUUGCGCCGAACUUAGAAAUGCAACAGCUCAUAUGAAAAAUCAAGUGGCCAAGUUCAAUGACCUGAGGUUCGUUGGCAGAAGUGGAAGGGGGAAGAGUUUCAGUAUAACGAUAACGGUAUCGACAACUCCACCUCAAGUAGCAACGUACACGCGUGCAAUCAAAGUGACUGUCGAUGGACCACGAGAACCUCGAUCCAAGACGAGUGAGUAUAAAAUAGGACAGCAGCAUCAACAAUUUCGUGCUGUAGGUCUAGGACAACGACCAUAUCUCGACGCUCCAUCGUCAUUUACAUCCCACCUUCGGGAACUAGAAUCCUAUCGAAGAAUCAAACAUCACCAUCAUCAUACGUCCCAUAUGCACGGUCAGCAAACCGGGAAUGGAGCUUCGAGUACCGGAAAUGGUUCAUGCAAUAACCCCAAUAACGUAAACCGAACAACGUCACCCUCCUCUGGCGUUCACUUAGCGACGACUGAGGGAUCAUCCGUGCAUCAGGACUGCUACAAACACAGUCCUCAACAUGGAGAUACAAGUACAAGUACAACGGAUUGGUCAUACACGGCAACCGCACCAUCUUAUCCAGCGCCACCAGGAAGUGGUGGUUCCUAUUCACCAAUUCCAGGUGGGGCAUUUUCAUACCCUGGGGAGUCACUUGCCCAUCACCCCACCACAGAACCAGUACCUUUACCCUCUGUUCUUCCAUCAGAUGGUCAGCAGGACGCGUACACUCCAAACUGCGUGACCAUGUACCCUAGUCAUGGAGCAUCAACGACCUCAAUACCACUCGUUCCGGGGAAGCCCAGUGAACCGGAAAUUUUCACAAGUGGAGGCGCUGGUGGUACGAGUCCCGGCUAUCACUACGGCACAUGGACCGCUGGACCAACGACUCCCGUUCCAGUACCGUCUCACAAUUACAAUCCAAAUUAUCAAGGCUACUACAAUAAUCCCUCACAAAAUUACAUUAACUCAACGCCAAUGGUUCUUUAUCCCCAACUCUACAGUACAGUAAAUCAAAAUCAAAUUCAUCUUCAUCUACAUGGGGACCUCAAUGAGGAUCAAGUCACAAUUGCCAGCGGUAGUCUUACCAUUAAUAGUAAUCGAGUUGAAAUUGGCGUCAUGGGUGAAGAAAACGAACAGCGAAACGAUGUCUGGCGACCUUAUUGAAAAAUUUCGACUUACAAAAAUGAACAUUUUGUAAAAACUCUCCGAAGAAUUAGCUUUUCUCUAAAAGAUGCAUAAAACUUUUAAAAAGUUGUUUUAAAAGAAAAAGUUUGCUUUUAAAACUGAAAACUUUUAGUGAAGUGAUAAGAGAGGAUCCUUUUAGGAAAGAGAAAAGAAAACUUUUAGUGAACCAGUGAUAAGAGAAAAUAAUUAGUGUGUGAUAUUAAAUUUUGUAAAUUACAAUUUUAAGAAAAAAAAAUCCCCUUUGAGAUUUUCGUUUACUCGAGCAGAAUUCUGUGGGGGAUUUAAGUAAAAAAAUCAAAUGGACAAAAAAUAGUGUGCUAAAGUGAAGAAAAAAAAAUGCUUUGUAGAUGGGAUUUGUAAAGAAACAAUUUUUAAUCUCAUCGGUAAAAAUCUUUUUGCAAGAGGAAACGAUAUAUAUUGUUGUAAAUAUGAAUAGAUAUUUUCCAUGAAAUAAAAAUC